AUGUCGACCACUCGGACACACAUCGUUGGCUAUCCAGACCAGGGGUGGGGUCAUGCACGCCCUCUCAUCAAUCUUUUUGCCCGCUUCGUCAAGCUACGUCCCGUUACCGUCACUCUGUUCACCUCGAACGGCUUCUACGAUCGUAUCAUAAAAGAGCUGGCGCGUAGUUUCGAGGCUGGUGACGAAGGAGUCGCCGAACGCGUCAGGCAAGACGCUCACCUCAUGUUCUCCGCCGGAGGUGACGAAGAGUUUAGGGAAGCAUGGAGGUCAAUCGUCUCCCAAGAAGAGCUCGUCUGCAAACAGACAGGCUCGCGUUUUGCACCCCUCCCGAAGCCCAAGGCGAUAAUCAUCGACUUUUUCUCCGUCGGACCCUUCGAGUCCAUCAAGGCUCUCAGUAGAGAUACUGUGAAAGUUUUCUCUUGGCACCCAGGACUCACGUACUCCUUGUUCUACCUAUUCGGUCCGGAGAACCUCGGUGGCAGGGGCAACGUUCGCCCCAUUGUGGAAGAGGAAGCUCGUCGGACUGGUCGAUCCUUCAAGGAGGUCGGACUCGAGGUGGCAUUCAAGCCGACUGGCAGAGUGGUACGCAUCCCCGGAAUGGUCCCCAUGUACGAUCACGAAUAUUUUCCUCAAGAGUUCCCCUUCCCGGAUGGCAUUGGGGAGGUAUUCCCGCGAACGUUUGAAACCCUCCAGGCGUCUGAUGGGAUCUUAUUGUUCACUCCGACAUCCUACGAGCCAGAGGCUGUAGCUGCCGCGAAGGCAUGGUUUGGGGAAACAGGACGCCCGGCGUACGCCGUCGGUCCCCUUCUGCCAUCUGCAUCGAAGACGACCGCGGCGGACAACGAGAAGACACAAUCGAGCGAGUCAAGUGAGGUUCAGGAGCUCCUCGAUGCGGCCCUCAAGACGUUUGGGGAGAAGUCUCUCGUCUACUUAUCGUUUGGUUCAAUAUUUUGGCCAAGUAGCAAGCCAGAGAACGUGUGGGCCGUUCUCGACGUCCUCAUGGAACUCAAUAUCCCGUUUAUCUUGAGUAUUGCCUCUCCGUUCGCCAAGGUCCCCGAAGAAAUCAAAACGAAAGUUAAAGCGUAUGGGAAGGGCGUUAUAUCUUCAUGGACGCCUCAACAGCUGAUCUUAGACCACCCGGCCACGGGUUGGUUCAUCGCCCAUGGUGGCCACAAUGGCGUUACGGAGGCAGUCUCUGCCGGUGUCCCUCAGAUCCUCUGGCCUUUCGGUGGCGACCAGCCUGCGAAUGCCGUGCACAUAUCCGACCAGCUCCAGAUUGGCUACGAGCUGCUAGAGGUCCGUACUGGCAAUGGGCUCAAACCUAUUUACCGCACGGGCUAUACGCCGAAGGGCACCAUUGAGGCGGUCAAGGCAGAGGUACGGGACGUCCUGCAGAAGGCGUUCGGUGAGGAUGGCGCGAAGAAACGUGCAAGACUCGAGGAACUGAGGAAGGCUGUCAAUGGCGAAUGGGAAGAUGGUGGUCUGUCCAGGAAAGAAGCUACGGAGUUCCUAGACAGCCUCUGA